AUGCCCGCAGGACUUCAGCCUGGCCAGCAACCUACCCCCGAGCAGAUCCAGGCCAUGCAGCGUCAACUCGCUAUUGAGGCGCAAAAGGCUGGCAUGACGGUGCCGCAAUACGUCGAACAACUCAAGGCCCAAGCCAUGCGCCAACACCAGAUGCAGCAGCAGAUGCGUGCACAACAAAUGCAACAACAGCAAAUGCAGCAGCAACAACAGCAGCAACAGCCCAUCACUCCUGGUCCUCCCAAGCCCGAGGCCAUUGCCGUAGCCACAUUCCUCCAGAGCCAGGACCUCAAAGUACGCACUUGUGUCUUCCAGGAGAAGCGCAAGGAUAUGUUCAAAGUCAAGCGUGCGAUUCGCGCCCUCGAGUCAGCCGCCUACGAAAAGGCUCGCGCAAAGAACCCUCUGCUACCUCCCGUCACCGAUCGCGCCAGCGCCGAGAACACAUUCAAACUGCUCCCGCUCUCCCUUCUCGCCCUUCGCGUCUCCAAAAUCGAAGCACCCGCUGAACAGCAAAAGAAGAAGAGAGUCAAGGGUCUCUGGAACGUCAAGGUUGAGCAGCAGCAAGAGGCUCGCGACGAAUUCCACUACGUCUGGCUGUACGAGGGCCCACAAUGGAAGACGAAGCUUUAUGCUGGUGGAGCUCUGGCGCUUAUUCUCGCCAUUGUCUUCUUCCCAGUCUGGCCCUACAAGAUGCGCAUUGGCGUCUGGUACCUCUCGAUGGCAUGUUUGGGCCUGCUGGGUCUCUUCUUCGCCAUGGCCAUUUUCAGAUUGAUUCUGUUCCUCGUCACCAUGUUUACUGUUCCUCCUGGUCUCUGGCUCUACCCCAACCUCUUCGAGGAUGUCGGCUUCUUCGACUCUUUCCGCCCAGUGUGGGGAUGGCAGGAAACUGCAGAUGACAAGAAGUUGAAGAAGGAUCAAAAGAAGGCAAAGAGAGAGGCCAAGCGUCUGGCAAAGAGCGGCGGUGAGAAGCUUGCAGAGAUGGGAGAGAGGGUUCAAGAGAUCCUGGACGAUGGACACGGACACGACGGACAUGUGCACAAGGAGGACAUCUCGGCACCCAUCAUGCAGCCCACUGCUGAGGGCACUUCGGGAGCGCAGACCUCAGAGGGACAGGCCAGGCAGCGUAUCAUGGCAGCCAGUGUCGAGGAGGGUGAUGACGAGUAG